AUGGAGCGGAACCACGGAGUCACACAAACCCACCCACUCGAAGAAGAUGGCGAUGGUUUCUAUGCUCAUUUCACUCCCUACCCUGACUACUCCAAACUCCAGCCGAGUCAACCGGUAUUGGCAAGCACCAAAAAGGUCGUCUGCAAUGGCUCUUGCAAGUGCCAACACAGAGAUUGCUACUACAGGAGUGAAAUUUGCAGAGGGUGAAGAAAAGUUACCCAAGGUCGUUUUGACUAGCGCUGGUGGCAGUGAGGCAGAUAUAUAUCUGUUUGGUGGUUGUAUUACCUCUUGGAAAGUUCCAAAUGGAAGGGACCUCCUUUUUGUUCGACCUGAUGCUGUCUUCAAUAAGAAAAAACCAAUCAGUGGAGGCGUUCCACAUUGUUUUCCACAGUUUGGACCAGGCGCAAUUCAGCAGCAUGGAUUUGCAAGAAACCUGGACUGGUCCGUCAUUGAUUCUGAAAAUGUGCAAGGAGAUCCUGCCAUAACUUUAGAACUAAAGGAUGGUGAAUACAGUCGUUCCAUGUGGGAUUUCAGCUUUCAAGCUUUGUACAAGGUCACUUUGCAAACAAAGAGCCUUUCCACCGUACUUGUAAUUAAAAAUACGGACAGCAAGCCAUUUUCAUUCAGCACCGCAUUGCACACAUACUUCCACGCUUCUGCACAAGGGGCAUCUGUUAAAGGUUUGAAAGGCUGCAAAACACUGAAUAAAGAUCCUGACCCCAAGAAUCCAUUGGAGGGCACGGAAGAAAGGGAUGGGGUCACUUUUCCUGGAUUCGUGGAUUGCGUAUACCUGGAAGCCCCUAAUGAGUUGCAUCUUGAUAAUGGCUUGGGUGACAUAAUAUCUAUCAAGAACACUAAUUGGACAGAUGCUGUUUUGUGGAACCCCUAUCUGACGAUGGAAGCAUGCUACAAAGAUUUUGUUUGUGUGGAAAAUGCAAAGAUUGGAAACGUCCAGCUGGAGCCUGGUCAUACUUGGACUGCUACACAGCAUCUUAGCAUCAAUUGAAGAGUGGCUGAUCACUGUUAUUCAAUUUUGUAGAAAUAAUGUAUCAUCUAUUUUCCUUGAGUCUUUUAUUUUGUGGUAUACAAAGCUUUGAAGCUACAAAACAAGUAAAGCUUACUAAUAAUGGGAGAUCCUGUAUAUGCUUUCAUUCUGAAUAUAGUGUUUCCUCUCUCUCUCU